UUGUUGUGUGUUACCUUUAAGUUCGGUCGGGCAAUCCGAUUCAUGACUGAGCUAUAGUUGCUCAUGUUUUAGUCAUUCUUUGAUUCAUGCUUUUUAAGUUACAUUAAUAAAGUCGGCAGGGUUUUAUGAACCAAUUACUUUACUGUAGUACCUAUGUGAUGUGAAGUGGUCGUAAACAUGUCUAACUGUGUUAAUUAUCAGGCACAAAUAGCUUCUAUCAUGGACAUACUAAGUAAGGCAGCCGUGGCAGAAAUAAGUAAAGUUGUUGAUGACGGAUUUGUCUUACUGCGCUUGGAAAUGUGUCGAAAAGAGAGCGAGAUCGAAUCGCUGAAGAUGAAAGUACAAUCCCUGGAAAGCGAUCUGAGGACAGCAGGAAGACUCGGAGAGAAGGCGCCUGUUUACAGUCGCUCCGUACGUCUUGGGACAAAAUUGAGAAGAGCCGGGGAAAAAGUAGGUGCUGAUUAUGGAGAGAAACCUCCCUUUGAUCGGAAGCUGUUUGUAAACGACUGUGACCCACAUCCCACACCUGCAGCGGAGGUACAGGUAACGCACCCCACACCUGUAGACGAUGGGAAGAAACCGGACACAGAGCCCACACCUGCAGGAGAACCGAAGGAACUAGAAAGAGUCUUUGGGCAGGAGUGGAGCUUCAGUCUGAGGAGAGAUGGAGAACCUGCAGGUGUGGAACAGGUAGACUCACCUUUACAGUCUGGAUUCACACAGAACCAGUCUGCACACAUGGAGAAGGUCAGGCCUGAACCAAUUCUUAUCAAGCAGGAGAGCCUGGAAGAGGACUUGUGUUACAGAGACCCACAGCCCACACCUACAACAGAGGAACAGGUAACACAGCCCACACCUGUAGAAGAUGGGAAGAAACUGGAUACAGAGCCCACACCUGCAGGAGACCCAGAGGAGCUGAGUGAGCAGCACAGGUGUGAACACGGUGAUGAGGAGCUCAGUGGAUUGGAGUUUGUGGUGAAGGCAGAGCAAGAGGAAGAGCAUGUAGCCCAGAGACUCAAUCAGACAGGAUGUGAACACAGUGCAGGAAGACUCAACAAUCUGGACUCUGAGUAUGUAAUGUAUGAGAGAGACAGUCAGCUGUGGACUUCCUUUACACAAGAUGACAGUGACAUAGAGACCGAUGAUCCUGUUUGUUCUAAACCUACAGAACAGUGCUCACAGAGUCAGUCAAUUCACACACAGCUCCAACAUACUCAUACCAUCAUGGACGUCCCUGGAAGCACACUGUCCUCUUUUGGGCCUUCAUAUGUUGAGGAGUUUGAUAAGAUGAGCGAGAAGCCGUCUGUUUGCAGCGAGGAGCUCAGAUCAGAGGCCAUUCACACACAGCAGGGUCAGUACAGAGAGAGACUUGUGCACACAGUGGAGAGAGAGAAUCAGACAUUACUGCCCCAGCAGCAGCAGCAGCAACAUGGACCCUCAGUAAAACACAUGAGAGGCAGCGAGAGCCCAGCCCAGCCACACUCAGGCUCCCAGUAUGAGACCGGCUCUUCUCUGAGCGCCUGCGCUUUCAACGCCAGGAGAAACGUGCCUUUAAGAAGGAGUGGCAUCGGAGAGAAGCGGUUCAUCUGCUCAUUCUGUGCAAAAAGAUUUGAUAGAUUAAGCCACUUGGAAAGACAUCGGCGAAUUCACACAGGCGAGAAACCCUUCAGCUGUCUCACCUGCGGGAAGAGCUUCUCACAGAAAAGCAGCCUUCAAGGGCACCAGCGGGUACACACAGGUGAGAAACCGUACGGCUGUUCUUCCUGUGGAAAGACUUUUUCCUGCUCGUCUAACCGCAAUGCCCACCAGUGUGACACGUUCGGCAGAGAGUAUAUCUGUUUCAUUUGUGGGAAGACCUGCUCCGAUUUAAAGACGUUCAACGUGCAUCAGAAACUUCACACAGAGAAAAUAUUUUUCUGUACUUAAUGUGGAAGAUUUGAUAUCAUACCUCAAAACUGCCUUCUUUGUGCUUACAGUGCAUGUAAUGUGCAUUUGGGGCGACAUAGCUCAGGAGGUAAGAGCGGUUGUCUGGCAGUCGGAGGGUUGCCGGUUUGAUCCCCGCACUGGGAGUGUUGAAGUGUCCCUGAGCAAGACACCUAACCCCUAACUGCUCUGGUGAAUGAGAGGUAUCAAUUGUAAAGCGCUUUGGAUAAAAGCGCUAUAUAAAUGCAGUCCAUUUACCAUUUGGAUUAAUGAAUGAAUGAAUGAAACAUUGCAUUUAUACAGCACUGUUCCAGACGCUCAAAGUGCUUUCUAGUGAUCAGAGGGAAACUCACCUCGACAAGCAUCAGAACGCUCACCACACAUCAGGUGGAGAGGGAGAGAACAAUUUCUGACCAAUUUGGGCGUGUAUAUAACAUGUGUUGUAAGCCUUUGCUACCUCUUUUAAUAAAGCCAUCUUAGAGUGUAGAUGUAUUGGUAAAUUUCCGCUUAUGACUCCAAAGUUAGCGUAUGACCUAAUAAUUUAGUAGAACAUCCUGAGAAAAUGUUUAACUUGUAGUGUGUUGAAGUUAGUUUUUUCUCCUUGUAGCAAUUGCAUUCUUUAUCUAAAAUGGUAACUGAUAAUUUAAAGUGCGGUGUGUGUUGAUACACUUUUUAUAUGACGCUGUUGAUAUGUUUAUACAUAUUUUUGUCAUUAAAAACAAUGAAAAAAAUUCUCAUAA